AUGGACAGACUACAUUCUGACCCUGGCUUACUGGUAUGCCCUGAUUUCACAAAUGAGUGCUACUGUGCGUCUUGUGUGCCUUUCAUUUCAGCUACCAUCACCAAGGAGCAGGCAGCUGAGUCUCUCUGCUUGGUCUGGGUCGCUACCAAUGACGACCUUUGCAUUCAGUGGUGCCACCAGCUAGCUGAAGAAACCUGCAUUUCGGCCAAACAGGCACAAGCAGCAGCAGCAGCAGAGGCUACUCACCUCCAUCAAGUCCAUCAGCUGGAAGAAGAAAUGGCAAAAGCAGACAAGCAGAAGAAAAACAGGUUCAAGCACACCAAUAUACUCAUGUGCCCCUGUCCAGAUACCAAUGAAGAAGAAGCCUUUGUCUCCGAUUUCGUGUUACAGAAAAUUGACAAGGGUCACUUCAUUGAAUUCUACUACUGGACCAACAUUGGUUUGGAGGAAGCCCUCUUCUCCUACAGCACUAGAGAUGAUGAGGGACUCAUCCCUUCCGAGCAAGAUGGGGCCACUGUUUGGAUCAGUGCUGUGGCAUCCAAACCCUCCAAGCAGGUGGUCCCUGAUCGCUUCCUAUCACCAGUUGAUUUUGCCCAAGCUGUCCCACGUGUUGUGGCUGCCCUCAAAGAGCAUGACUGGCCCAAUCAAUGGGUACUCAUGCUUGCAAGAUUCUGGGUGGCCAUUAUGACUCACCAAUACUGGAAUUCCAAUGACCAGAUCGCUCAGCAAGCCUUAAUGAUCUAUCAAGAAGAACAGCAGAGGGCUUGGCACAACGCUGUUGUGCUGGGAAAUGGAGCUUGGGACCUCUCCAUCAUAAGCAACACAGUGCUGGGGCGCCUUUUUGACCAUGUUCUUUGUGAAUCUUGA